AUAAUUUGCUCACAUAACACUAAUAGAGAGUUUGUUUGAAUGUCUGUAAUAGGUUUUAUCCUCCAUUUUCCGGAAGGAAGAAGAUUGAAUAGUGAGUUCGUCCGUUCUGCUGAGCAGCUAUAAAAUUAGGGUUUUGCUGUACCUUCGCAUCAUUUUACAAUUUCAAUUUCAAUUUCUGAUUCGAAUUCGAAAAUUAUUACAUUCGCAUUACAUAGUAACAGAUUAUCAUUACUUUCCACCACUUCGUCAACAAAUUCGAAAACCCUAAUAAUGGGUAGGCCAGCAUCUAUCAUUGAAAUCCCAGAUAAACGGUACCAUCCUCACCACAGUAACUCCCGUUAUACGCCCGAUCGCAACGCCUCUCCGGAUUACAACCGCCGUAGAGAUCGCCGCAGUCCCUCGUACCACAAUUACGAUGAUCGUCACCGUGAAACAAAUCGCAGACACUACCGUUCAAGUUCACCGGAUGAUUAUCGUAGCCCUAGAAGGAGGAGAAGCCCAAGCCCUCGGAUUGAGAAAACCCUAGAUUCUCUUCCGAGAAAGUUCGGUGGCAGGGGGCGGGCGUAUCUUGAUAGGAAUGGAAGGGAUUCGGAAUCGGAAUCUGAUGAGGAGUUGAAAGGGUUGAGUUUUGAGGAGAGGAGGAGGAUGAAGAGGCAGAAGAUGAGAAAGAAUAUUGAGAGGUAUUGUAUUUGGAGUAUUACGCCUAGUCCGCCGAGGAAUGAAAACGAUGAGGAUGAGGAUUUUGAAGAUAAAGCUGAUGAAAUUUUAGAGAAGCAUGGGGAGGAGGAUGUUGGGAAGAGCAAUUUGAUUGUGAAAGAGAAAGGCAAGGGUAAAUCGAAGUCCGAUUCUGGGGAUUCGGAGAGUAGUAAUUCGGAAAGUGAUUCACAGUCUGCAUCGGAUUCAGACGACUCUAGGUCUAGAAAGAAGAAGAGGGGUUCGAGUUCUAAACGUAGGAGAAGGAGAAGGAGAUUGUCUAGGGAUAGUGGUAGUGAAUCAGAUGAUGAGAGUGCGAGUGGAUCGGAUUCUGAAGAGUACAGAAAACGCAGGAAGUUGCGGAAGAAGAGCACCAGCAGGGUAAAGAAGAGUAGUAAGAGCAGGCGGAGAAGGGAUAGGAGGAAGAAGAAGAGUAGGUAUAGCGACUCGGAUGAUAGUGAGAGUGAAGAAUCUGACGAUAAGCCUAAGAAGCGGAGGGGUUCGGGUUCAGGAUCCAAACACAGCAAGAAGAAGAGAAAGUCUGAAACUGAGAGUGGUGGUUCGUCUUUGGAUGAGGAGGGUUCGGGUUUUGAAAGUGAUUCAAAGAGGAAAUUGAAGGCAGACGAGGUGGAUGUACCUGAAAUUGAUGAAGACGAGGCACUUGGCAUUAAAGAGAUACUUGAGGCGCAAAAGAAGCCUGCUUUGGAUAAUGAACCUGAAGUUGGGCCAAUGCCAUUGCCUAGAGCUGAAGGCCAUAUUAGUUAUGGUGGAGCACUGAGACCCGGUGAAGGUGAUGCCAUCGCGCAGUAUGUGCAGCAAGGGAAGCGUAUUCCACGGAGAGGAGAAGUGGGUCUUUCUGCUGAAGAGAUUCAAAAGUUCGAGUGUCUUGGGUAUGUGAUGAGUGGCAGUAGGCAUCAAAGGAUGAAUGCCAUUCGUAUUAGGAAAGAAAAUCAAGUUUACAGUGCUGAAGAUAAGCGGGCUUUGGCUAUGUUUAACUAUGAAGAGAAGGCUAAACGUGAGCAUAAAGUUAUGGCUGAUUUGCAGAGGCUGGUGCAGCGCCAUAUUGGGCAGGAUGUUGGUCCCAAUCAUGAUCCCUUUGCAGGAAAAACAACUGAUGGAGCUGAUGCUUGAUACUGAGGUCCGUUUAUUAUUAUUAGUAGUGUAAUUUCACAAUGCCAUAAACUUGGAGCUUUGUAAUUCAACUGAUAUUUAGUGGAUUUUGAUCGGCUUUCUAAAGGCAAGCUUGCAAUGUCAGUUAUAUGAUUGGGCUUUGUAUUUCAUAUUAUAUUUUCAGGAGAAUGACGAGCACAAUUGUAUUGUAUAGCUGAUUUUAACUAUUUAAAUGGUUUUCCAUUUUGAA